GUCAGUACGAAUCUCUCUGCUGUUCGAGUAGGGUUACGGUAUUUGCUUUCUCCGCCAAGACUUCAGUGUGUGUGUUUGUAUGCGCGAUAAUCUAUGUACGUUAAUAUAUUUCGUGGAGGAUACAAUGUAACAUCAGUGUGUUAAAGGGUAAAAAAUCUGGUUGAAUGUUUCCGAGGUGUAAGCUCACCUCUGUUCAUUUAUAUGAUUUUACUCAGAAAACUUUUGUUCAUGGAUAUCGGUGCCCCAUGCAGACAGUCGGGCCUCUACACAUUUUGGGCCACAAUGGGGGCUCCAGAGGAAGACGACAACUCUGUCAAACUCACCAAAUUUAAGAAAAUGUCGUCAACUCCCGAGCUGGAUAAGUACGAUGAUGAGGAUAACAAUAUGAAUGAUGAUGUAGAUAGCGAGAGUGAUACACAGGGAGGUGAGGAGGAUAGCAGUAACACGGGUGAUGAAGGCACGACGGAGAGGCACACAGAGAGCUCUAAAAUUGACGAUAGGAAAGAAUCAGUCCAGGUGGCGGCAGACUCGGCGCCAGGUGUGAGCGAGGCGGCGACAGACGGUAGCAGGGACAGGGUAGUGAGUCCCACCGUCCAGGAUGUCGAAACUGUUCCAGUGGUGAAGUGUGUCGAUGAAGCGAAGAGUGUUGGUGCCUCAGUAACUAUAAAGACUUACAGUGAUGCGGUGAAGGGUGUACACAACCGCCACACCACGCCUUCAAAAGAUACAAAAGUCGGCCCCUUGACGGACACUACAACUGACUGUAGUUGUUGGCCGGCCACUUCUUGUACAGACGAGAGUGUAAACAUAGAUAAGGGUGUUGACUGUGUGGACAAUGUAAAUAUUGGUGCCAAAAUAGAGCGGGAAUCUCACUGUCAUGCCGUGUGUGACAGCUUGGAGGCAUCCCACCCGACGGAAACUUGCCAAAGUAUAGGAGUCAGUGAGGGAGGUGGCCCACAGUGUGACAAGGACACGAGGAGCGAUAAAACCUGCCAACGUGACACACACGUUACUCAACCAGAAACAUUGACGGAUUGUCACUGCUCCGACGACCAGGACUCCCUACACCUCAGUGACGUGGAGGACGCCACCACCACCCCCCCUCUCGACCUGUCGGACUUAUUACGUAUUAGUGAGGAUGUUCUGUCCCAGGGUCCAGGCAAGACUCUCAACAUUCUCCAGCGACACCUGGAGAAGGGCGGGUCGCUGCUGCAGGAGGCGACGACGGGGGACACGGAGACCAGUGUGAGGGAGCUGGCCAGGGCGCUGCACCUCCACCUCACACAGUUUACAGAGCGCCUCCACCACACCCGUGACCGCCUCGAAGACACCGCCAGAUGCUACCACCUCUUAGAUAAGGCAUAUGAGUGGGCCCUGGAGGCCAUGAAGGUUGUGGGCCGUGUGAAGGGUGAAGGGUUAGCGUCUCCCGAACAAGUGGGCGCUGCGGCCCGCACCCUCACGGCCUACAUGGAGGAACACCCGCCUAUACCUGAUGAUACUUUCACUGCCAUGACCACCCUCGCCACACGACUUAACAACCACACACUCCUCCAACAGUGCAAGAUGGCUCUGGUUCGAUGUCAGGAAACAAAUGAGCUUCUUCAUAACCGUCAAGCAGCACUUCUAAAAGCAAAACGGCAAAUGGAGUUUGAUUGUCAGAGUUUCGUGGACUUGGGUGAGGUGUUUGGAGGUGGAGAAGAAAUGUCUCCAUUGGCUUGGCUCGCUUGUUCACCUCUGAAUGCUUCUGGUCGGCGAAGGUCUGUGUCGUCAGUUGGGUCACGACCUCGGGAUUCAUUGUCACGGUGUCCAUCACUUGACACAGAUGAUGAUUCUGUGUUCCUCGACCCUCCACCUCCUCCACCGCCUGCCAAGAUGCCGCUAGAGCCCCGCACUAGCUUGGGGGGCAUCAAGGAGGUUCGCGAGAGUGCUGAGGAUCUACAGCAGCAGUCAUCCACACUGCCCUCCUCCUCCACCAAGUUUACCUCUCCUACUUCAGGAGCCACAACCUCAUCAUCUGGUUCCAGUGGUACCUGUGGUAGCAGCUCCUGCUCCUCCAGUGAGAGCUCUGGACCUGUCACCAUCAAUAAGAAAUUAAUGAAAAGAGCCAAUACCUGGCAAUUUGGUCUCAUACCUAAAGAACACACCGAUGAGAAUUCAGGGAUGGAUGAUGGGGUACAUCUUUCUCCAACAAGCCAUAAGAGUAUACCUCCGUCCUCUGCUGUCAAUUCUCAUUUACUAAUCCGUGGCUCACAGCUCAACCUGUCAAUCAACACUGACGACUUGUCACAAGAAGAAGUUAAGAAGAGCAAGACACUUUUGCUGAUAAUGAGGGAACUGAUUCAGACAGAGAGGGAUUAUGUAAAUUCCCUUGAAUAUAUUAUUGAGAAUUAUAUCCCUGAACUGAUGAGAGAAGAUAUACCACAAGCCCUGAGGGGUCAGCGCAAUGUUGUCUUUGGCAACAUCGAAAAGAUAUAUGAAUUUCACUCAGGAUAUUUUCUACGUGCUCUUGAAGCUUGUGAGAUGCGACCUUUUGCAGUUGGUUCUAUAUUCCUGAGAUAUGAGAGUCAAUUUCACCUCUAUGCUCUCUACAACAAGAACAAGCCAAAGUCAGAUUCAUUAAUGUCUGAGUAUGGGUCUUCAUUCUUUCGAAAAAAGCAACUGGAAUUGGAAGACCGAAUGGACCUUGCCUCUUACCUAUUGAAACCUGUGCAGCGAAUGGGGAAAUAUGCUCUUAUUCUUAAACAGUUGCUGAAGGAAUGUGGUCGUGGAGAAGAGAACUAUGAUGACCUUCAAGGUGCUCAAGAGAUGGUUCAAUUUCAACUUCGUCAUGGCAAUGACCUCCUUGCCAUGGAUUCCUUGAGGGAUUGUGAUGUGAACCUUAAGGAACAAGGCCGAUUGCUGAGGCAAGGAGAGUUUAUGGUAUGGGAAGGAAGUAGAGCCAAGAAGUCCAUUAGACAUGUAUUCUUGUUUGAAGAUCUAAUUCUCUUCAGUAAGGCAAGACGAGAUCCAGAAAGGAAGACACUGGAUAUAUUUCAGUACAAGCAUAGCAUGAAAAUGACUGACAUUGGCUUAACAGAGCAAGUUGGCAUUAGCACCACUAAAUUUGAAAUAUGGUUCCGCAAGAGGAAACCAUCAGACACUUACCUCCUUCAAGCUCCUAAUACAGAGAUGAAAGAGUCUUGGACAGAAGAAAUAUCCAAAUUACUGUGGCGCCAGGCACUUCGCAAUAGAACUAUGAGGUUGCACGAGAUGUCAUCGAUGGGCAUUGGUAACAAACCAUGUCUAGACAUACGACCAAGUGAAGACCAGAUCAGUGACAGGUCCAUCAGCAUCAACCAGUUGAAUAAAGCUCCCCGUCUUCGGACUGGUUCAGUAUCUGCUGUUGGCGACUUGAAUGGUGCAGGAGGAAAGAGACCUCACUCAAUAAUUUCUGUCAGUUCUUCAUCAGCCUCUUCAUCUGCAUCUUCUGCCUCAUCAUCACAUUCUUCAACUGUCUGUCCAACUUAUGUUGGGACUCUCAACUUGGGGUUUGAACCAGGAGAUUCACCAAGAGCCCUUCAUCGUUCUGUGACUCGUACCAGUCAGUGUUCUGCAGAAAGUGGAAUUCUUGCCGACAUGUAUUCUGGUGGUGAUGACGAUGCACAGUCCUAUCGACGGGUUGAGAGGUCUAAUUCCACAGUGACGACCGUCUCGGUGGAUUCCGCUCUCUCUCCAGUUUCAUCUACUUCACCAGUUUCCCCUGUUGCACCCUUUUCACCUUCCCUCACCACAGUCUCUCCUAUAAGACCCACAGAUAUAAUUUAUGAAGCACCAUCUGUGCCAGCCAUUGCAAAGGACUCUUCAGCUAAAACACUUCUUACUACUGAGGUUUAGUGAGAGGAGUUUACAGCCUGACUGAGAGGCUGUGCUGACCAAGUCGUUAGGAUUACUCUGUAUUUAUUGAUAGCUCAUAUGUACAAAGACUAUAGCUGUUAUUAUAUUAAUGAUAUCAACUUGUAAAUAGCUUGGCAAUAAUACUAUGUUAAAUAUAUUUUUAGCACCAAUAUGUCAUAGCAAGACCCACCAAUGCUUGAUUUGCUAAGUCUGCUUUUUGAAUGUAGAGUAGUGAUGCCAAAUAACCUUAUCAUAUAACCCUGACUUGAACACUUGAUUAGACCAUUAUCUCUUCACACGUCAUUUGGUACCUGCUCUUGAUGCCAUUAGGUCAGUUUAUGGUCUUGAUGUUUUCUUCACUAUUUUCUUGACUUGAAGUCUGGCAUUCAGUCUUCCAUGUAGCACCAUGUAGUGUGAUGUAGUUAAAAGUUUUUGGACAAUUCUUAUGGAAAAGUUACAUAGAAUUUUGAGACGUCACAAUUCAUUAAGUGAAUUGCUGUUGUCGGACUGUAGUGAAAAAUGGUGCUACACUGCUAGUUUGGACUUCAUAUUGUUCCUCUUUGAUAUGGUGUUUUAAUGCAAUAUGGUUGAACAGUUUUGUCAAGAGAACAUUCUCCAAAUGCUUAGUUUGUAUCUGACAGUCUGAGCACAAGUGAUGUGUAAGGCAUUUACUCUCACAUGACCAGCAAAACCCUUCUUCACACUCCUGUUAGCACACUGUAUUUGCCAGAAAUGUUACCAUUUAUGUGAAAUAAAUUCUGUAUAUUUUAAAUAUGAAAACAUCUGCCAAGAUGAAUUUAGUAUAAAAAUAUCAUCACUGUAAAUGGGAAUUUAAGAACAUGUUUUUGGAAAAUAUGGUGUCAUAUUUGGUUGUCUUGUUUCUGACUGCUGUUAAAAGGUGUUCAGUGAUUUUUUUUGCAUGACAUACCAAAAGUACCUUGUAUUUUGUAAAUAUUUUUUGUAUUAAUAUUUUAUAUAAUAUUAUGUAGAGACACAAGUCCUGUUUACAAGUCAAUACCUACAUGUUGCAUAUAGUUUGACAUGCCAAUAAUUUAUAUGCAGUUGCAAUUGUAAUACAAACAUCCUAUCUGUGCCACAGUGUCAGUUGAUAAAUUCUCCACAAUGUGCUGUAUCUGAACUAGAGUUUUUCUGACUGACAUCUUAUAUAUUUUUUCUACUUUAUUUUGUAAAUAAUUUUGUUUUCUUUGUCAUUUUGGCUUAUUUUCUGAGCAUUUACAAUUAUAAUA